AUGGAGGAUUUAAAAGAACCACUCAUAUCUAAAAAUCAUAAAGAAUCAGGACCAGAUCAAUCGUAUAAAUUGAAAUCACGAUUUAGAUAGCAUCUUCAGCUUGUGGAUGACUCCGAUACUGACAGCAUCAAAAUCAACAUUAUGGAAUCGAGAGGAAUCCAAGAGAGAUAUCAAAAGUUUUAGAAUCUACCAAAUAACGAUCUAAGGAAUAUCACAGAUUUAAGUGAGGAAGUAUCUCAUGAGAAAUAGUUGAAAAAUAAAGUUCAUCAAUCAUUUAGAGAUGACCAAUUCGUGAGCAUUAAUGGAAAUCUGAAUAAUAUGGCUAACUAGAGGGCUCAAUAAAAUGAUUAAUUCUAAAAUGUCAAUGAAACUAUUAUAAAUGAUCCACAUACUUCAACUAGUGAUUACUCCUCUAAUGAUUAGGCCCUUACCAUACAGACAAGAAGGCGUGUUAGAUUUUUAUGGCCGAUUUUCUGGCUUGUAUAUUAUAUGUUCUGUUGCUGCUUGUUCUCAAAAAGGCGCAAAAACAAACAAGCUAAAUAUGAAAAUUUAAUUUUUGAUUCACUUAAGCAGCUCAAAGAAAAUAAGAAGGAAUCUGUACGACAUCUUGAGAAGAUCAGAAUCAAUCCUGAUUUCACAUCUGGCCAAUACUUGAGAGAAGACCUUGAGUUUUACUUGCCUCAAUUAUGUUGUCAUUACAUUAAUAACUCUAUGAGUCCAGAAGAAGAAAAGAAGUUUACAGAAAUGCUUGUUUUAAUGUGCAAGAGUUCAUUUUACUUUGCUCAUAGAAUGAUCUUCUUUUUCAACUCAAUCAUUGAUUCAAGUACCAAGACAUAAGAGGAAAAGCAUCUUUUACUAAGAAUAGAAAGUAUUUGCAUUAGUGGAUAAGAAUUAUUGUUUUUAUCAAACUCAAACAGCAUACUAGAGCUUGCUAAAGAUAAUGGAAUAAAUUAAAUAUUUAAAACAGCAAUGAAGUUUUAUCGUAAGGAUGACGAAGAUAACAAAAUAUCUCCAUUCAGUAUAAUGAGCACCCAUGAAAAUGAUGUUAAUAGAUAUAUACCACCUGAUAGUCCAAUAAAAAAGUAGAAGAAUUUCAUCAAUAAUGUCAGUAAAGAAUUCAGAAAAAGAACACUCAGUUAAGAGAAAGAAAAUUAAAAUUCUCGAAGCAAAUCAAGGCUACUUGACAAAAUCAAUAAUUAGUAUUUUAAGAAAACACAGGAAUCACCUGAGAAAGUUCUAUCAGUUUAGAAUGACAAGAUGAAAAUUCUAGACCAAGAAAUGCUUCCUUAUAAGAUGAGCCAGGAGAGCAAAAAUGAUCAUCUUAAAUUCAGUAAAUAAGAUUAUAAGUAAUUCAUUAUAGAGGUGGAUGGAUUCUUUUCAACUUUGAAGUUCCUUAAAGAUCUGACUGAUAUCUCACAUAGGGUCCUCAGAUCUCAAGAUAAAAUGGAAUCAUUGAAAGAUGGAUUAAAAGAAAUGAAUGAUAAUUUACCAUCUGCAGUUUAUAUACCACCAGAUGAACUAAAAAUUACUCUUAAUGACUACAAAAAAUCCAUUAAAGUUGAUAAUGUUGAGGAUAACUUUGGACCAAAGAAGAAAUCUUCUAUGAUUGGAAUUUUCAAUAGCCCAAACAAGAUUGGGAAAAAGCAAAAAUAGAAAGUUGAUAAAUUCUGCAAGUAAUUAGAUACUUAGCUAUCUAAAGGAGUUACAGCUAAUCAAAUUAAACAUAAAUACAAAGUUUAAUAUGAGACUUAAGGGCUAGAUGCUAGAAAUUUAGAGGGAUUAGAAAGGAGAUAUUCAAACGUAUCCUAAAAUAGUGGAAUUCAUGAUGAAUAUAACGAUUUAUAGGUGUAGAUUGCUAUAGUUGAUGAUCAAUCCUAUCAAAAUUUAUAAAAUCAAACAAGACAAAGUAAAAAGAUAUAUGAUACUGAAGAAGAGAAGGAUUAGUUCCUAACCUAUCAUAAAAUUAUUACUAAGCCAAAUCCAGCAAGUUUCAUUGUGUCUAGUCCUGAAAAUAAGAAACAAACAAUAGACAUAAAUAAAGCAAUCAAUGAAUAUUUGAAGCAAUCAAAUGAAAAUCUUGCUGAAGGUUUAAACUAAUCUGAGAUGUAGUUCGGCUCUCAAAGGGCAAAAGAUAAAAUACUCUUUAGAGAUGAAUACAGCUUUUAUUAGAACUUAGAUUAAGUUACUGAUGAUGAACAUAUCUAGAAAUUGAAGGGUUCCAAUACUAAAAAAAUAAGAGGUAGACCUAUUUCAUAGAGACCCAAAACUGCUAGAGAGGAAGAUUAGAGUCAUAACCCUAUUGAUAACCUAGAAUAAAGAUUAAAAUAUGACCCAUCAUAAAAAAUAAUAAAUACUCAAAAUAUGGCACUCACACUCCCAGCUAUUAAUGAUGAUUUAGAAAAGGGGGCAUCAUCAUUUGGUAAAAGCGAUUCUGCAAUAGAAUAGCAAUUUCUAGUUGUAGAUAAAAAUCUUGAGUAAAAUUUCCUAUUCUCAGAAACUUCUGAGUAAUAGGAGGAAAGAUUGAAGAUAGAUUCUAAAUAUGGAGCAUUAAAAACUUGGAAAGUUAUCAGACUCAUUGUAAAAAGUGGAGAUGAUCUAAGAUAAGAACAGUUUGCAAUGCAAAUAAUAGAAUUGGUUGACCAGUUAUUCAGAUAAAAGAAUCUUAAAUGUUGGCUCAAGCCUUACGAAAUCAUAGCAACUGGCUAGGGAUGUGGCAUUCUUGAAUUCUUAAAUGACACUCUUAGUAUUGACUACGUGAAAAGAAAAAUCUAGUAAUUCGGAAAGAAUAAGGAUGGACAUGUUGUGCAUAUUGAUUUUGGAUUUUUGUUGACUAAUUCCCCAGGUAAAGCUUUUAAAUUAGAAAGAGCUCCUUUUAAGCUGACCCUAGAAUUCAUUGAAGUUAUGGGUGGCUUAAACAGCUAAGGCUUCAGAAGGGGAUUUUAUGUGAUUCAUCAAAACGCUGAUAAAAUUUUGACGCUUGUUGAGAUGCUUGCUUAAGGACAAAGCGACUUACCUUGCUUUAAAUAAGGUGUGUAAGUUGCUCUAGAUGGUCUUAAGCAAAGGCUUUAGCCUAUGAAAUAAAAAUCAAGCGACUUAAAGACUCAAAUUACCAAGAAAAUGACAAAAAGUGAGGUUGCUCAUUAUAUUGACUCUCUAAUUUAAGACUCAUUGGAUAACUGGGGUACUGUAGUCUAUGAUGGAUGGUAGUAUUGCUGCUAAGGCAUCUUUUGA